AUGGUCGGCUCUGCAGUUUUAGUCUCAAUCUUAUACAAUUCAACUGCUUGGCGGUUGGCUUUUGCGGAAGAAAUUAUUUCCACAGCUGCGCAGCCCAUCCCUACCAAAGAGCUACUGACACGUUUAAACGAUUUACACAAAGAACUCUCUACUUUAGAGCAGGAUCACGUUGAUUUAAUAUCUCUUGAGCAAGUAAAAGAUGACCUAAAUAAUAAGAAACUAUUGAAGAACACAAACAAAGGAGUACAGAUAUAUGUUUGUUGCUGUUUGGCGGAUAUUUUGAGACUAUACGCACCUGAUGCGCCUUAUGAUGAAGUCAGUCUUACAAGCAUUUUCAAGUUGUUUCUUUUACAAUUUUCCAAUUUGGAUGAUCCAGAAUCUCCAUUUUACGAAGACUAUGUGUAUUUAAUAGAGCGAGUGGCAGAAGUGAAGUUGAUUGCGUUGAUGACGGAUUUGUCAAGUAAGGACAAAAUGAUUACACAGAUUUUUGAGAACUUUUACGCUUUAUCAGCCAAUAAAUCCUUCGACAACGACUCGUUGCAACAGAUAUUGAUAGAUAUUUUGAAUGAAGUUAUAAGCGAAGUGAGUCAGCUUAAUCUGAAGGUUCUCAAGCUAAUCUUAAACAAGUUUUUGACUAAUUCCAAAAAUCUAAGAAAUCAAUCAAACAUCAAGGUGCCCGGAUUUGACAUCAGUCUUGCAUUAUGUGAGAUGAACUCAGACAAGCUAUCAAGAUUUGUCACCUUCUUUUUUUCUGAAAUGAUAUUGGAGGCCACAAAGGAUAAUGGAAGUGAUUUGGAUUUGGACAGUGAAGAUGAUGAUUCCGAUGAUGCUUCUGGCAAAAAAUUGGCUAACUUUGAUAUGAUACAAAUGACAAAGAUUCAUAACCUUGCUGUAGAGUUGUGGAGAUAUGUUCCUGAAAUCUUGACUUCUGUGUUGGGGUUGUUAGACAAUGAACUAGAAGCUGAUGACGUGAGGAUAAGAAUGAUAGCAACAAGUACCGUGAGUAAGAUACUAGCACUCCAGCCAUCGAGAGUCAAUUUCCCUACUGUUUAUCUUUCACCAUACAUGAACUGGCUCAAAAAGCCUUUAGACAUAUCUGUUGAAAUUAGGAUCUGCUGGCUAGGCGGAUUAGUUGACAUUUUGGAGUAUCGAAACGAUAUUACUUCGGAUGUCGUAAAUGGCCUUCUGAAAACCAUGAUCGACUCAAAUGAUAAGGUUAGGCUGAAUACCAUAAUGAGCCUAUCUAAGCUCAAACCUUCAACAUUUUUACAGAGUGUUGUUAACGGAACUUUGACUGACACAUUAUUCAAGUUACUACGAGAAAAGAGUGUUCCUAUCAGAGAUGAAGUGUUACGGUUACUAGCAGCAUUGUAUAACUAUUCAACAGGUUAUGACCAAUACAUUAAGCUUGAGUUCAUACGGAAAAUUCCUGAUAAUAUACUGAAGCUGGUUUAUAUCAAUGAUAAUUUGAUCAAUUCUGAGGUAGACUUAGCCCUUUUUGAAAAGCUAGUACCGUUCAAUUCAGAUUCUUCAGUUCGAGUAAACCGACUCUUAAGAAUGCUUUCCUUGUUGUCCGAAAAGUCCAAAGCAGCGUUUUUUGCUAUCAUCAAAAGACAAACACAAUUUUCACAAGUUAUACAACAAAUACUUGUCUUAUUGGAUGAUGAAACCGGUGAUGAAGAUGUAGAAGAACAAAUAAAUAAUGCUAUCAAAUGGCUAUCAAAAUCUUUCCCUGCUUCACACAACUCUGAGUUUUGUCUUCAUCACUUUAUCGAGCUCAAAAAUAAAAGGUUUUUGCGGCUAUUAGGACUAUGCUCAAUGGAGACAUCAGACUAUGAUACGAUUGUGAAUAGUAUGAAAGAAUUGCUGAACCGAAUUAAAGAUCCAAAAUAUUUUGAUAAUGCAAUUGAUAAAAAUGCGUUGAAUUUGAAUGAUAUGUAUGAUACAAUGAAACUUUUAUUAUUGAGAUGUUCCAAUAUCUUCUAUAAUGUUAGCAACCUCACUUGUUUGGUUGAUAUAAACAACGAUCAGUCAAAUGAUUUGAACCAGAUGUCUAAGGUAGCAAUCAAUGGAAUUUCUGAGGUUUGCUCAAACGUAUUGGAAUCACAUGUUAUUUCCCUUAUUGAUGCCAUUGUUUCGAGAGUAGGGACAAUAAGUUUAGACGAAUCAAGACUAACCAAUGAUUGUUGGAAGGAUUUGAAGAUAAUUUUCAACUUUACUACCCAGAACAAGAUAGAGACAAAGUUCAGCUCAAAAUUCUAUGAUACCUUAUAUGACUUAUCCCUGUGUGGAACUGUUCUAGAAGCCAAGUACUCAAUCAAGAUAAUAAACAACGCCUCUGGUAGUACUAAAGGAAGACUUUUUACUGGGCUAGUACAUAAGAUUUGGCCGCUGAAACAGAACUCUCCUAACUUCAAUACUCAUUUGUCGACUUUGGCUACAUUAUUUUCAUGUGAUUCUAUAUCAGUUGAUAGAAUUAAAGAAGAUUUGAGUAAGUUUUUGGCAAGCGAAGUCUUACUAAAGAAUCGCAAUAAAGAGAUUCCUGCACCAGAUUCUGAAGUAAACUCUGAAAUUGAUGAGAGGCAAACUUGGAUAACUGAUGAAGAGUUGUAUUACAGCAAAGAGAAUGCGGAAUGUCUCUCCAAAAUAUUAUCAAUGAAACUAUUAACUAACUGGCUUCUCAAUAUAAAGGAUACUGUUUCUGAUGACAUUGAAUUAAUAUCCAAACCAAUUCUAAGUAUGCUAUCUUCAUACAUUAACAGAGGAGGAGAAAUCGUAGCAACUGAAGAUACACCUGUGAGUUUCUGUUCAAGGCUACGGCUACAUGCCGGAAUUCAACUUCUAAAAAUUGAUCAAGUUCCUGCGUAUGAUGAUUUUAUUGACCAGCGUAGAAUUAACAGAUUAAUACUUUUAAUACAAGACGUAGAAAGUCAAGUGAGAUAUCUUUUUUUGAACAAGUUGAAGAAACGGCUAACACAAAAUAAAAUCUCAAGGAGGUUUCUAGCACUCAUUUUCUUUAUUGCUCACGAGCCAGAUUCAUCUUUGCGUUCGGAUACAACAACAUGGAUCAGAGCAUCAUUUGCCAAGCAAAACACAAAAGCAAAUAGUAAGAACUCGUUGGUUUUUGAAAAAUCUUACAUUAGGUUGCUUUACAUGCUCUCUACUCAUCCAGAAUUCAGGGAACUUUAUAUGGCUUACAAAGGUAAGGAGAAUAAUGCAGAUGUUGAGAAUACCGUGAUAGGUAGUGAACCUAACAGCGAAAGUGAGUCUGAGCUUCUCAGGAAGUUUAAAGAAGUUUCAACAUUUGCUUUGACAUAUAUUGUUUUCUCGUUAUCUUUAAUUAUGACCUCUGAUAACAUUUCGUUGCUAUAUUACUUGAGCCAAAGGAUAAAACAAUUUGAGGCCAAUAGCAAAAUUGAAGGUGCUGAUUUAUAUCCCGAUAGUCUUUACCUGAUUUCUGAAUUUUCACAGGCAGCAAUCAACUUUAUUGGGAAAAUAAGGAAUUGGAAUAUUUCAAUUUGGCCUGGCAAAUUGAUCUUACCUGCUGACCUUUUUACGAAACUCGACAAUGAAAGUGCUAACAAUAUUAUUAGAACAACUUAUAUCUUAGACGGACUCUCAGACUCUGUUAAUGAGAUCAUUCGAAACAGGUGGAGAAACGAACAGGGCGUCAAUUUCAGGAAGUCAAAAAAGAAAGAUGUUGCUAGAAUAAUCUCUCCUGAGCCAGAAAAUCCGGAGUCUAGAAGCAUUGGCAAAAAAUCUUUGAAGAGAGUAAGAAACCAUUCAGAGGAAGACAAUAACUCAAGUGAUGAGUAUGAAGGUCCGAAGACAAACAAAACAAAGGAAAAUUUAGCUACUAACAGGAUCAGAAGAAGUAGACGUGGGAGAAGAGUGAACUACAAUGAAGAUAAUUGA